AAGACGCUCCCUGUUGCCAGUUGCCGGUGCUUAAAGAAGCUGAGGCCAGGCAGGUGGGCGUGCCGGAGGCAGAAGCGGCCAGUAAGUGGGUGUCAGCCCGGAGGAAAGCCGUCGCCAUGCGUGAGAUAGUGCACAUCCAGGCCGGCCAGUGCGGCAACCAGAUCGGAGCGAAGUUCUGGGAGGUCAUCAGUGACGAGCACGGCAUUGACCCCACAGGCAGCUAUCACGGAGACAGUGACCUGCAGCUAGAGAGGAUCAACGUCUACUACAAUGAAGCAACUGGUAACAAGUAUGUUCCCCGUGCAAUCCUUGUUGACUUGGAGCCUGGUACAAUGGACUCGGUCAGAUCCGGACCUUUUGGCCAGAUCUUUAGACCUGACAACUUUGUCUUUGGCCAGAGUGGUGCUGGGAACAACUGGGCCAAGGGCCACUACACAGAGGGAGCUGAGCUAGUGGACUCUGUGCUAGAUGUGGUAAGGAAGGAAUCUGAAAGCUGUGACUGCUUGCAGGGCUUCCAGCUGACCCAUUCGCUGGGUGGGGGCACUGGCUCUGGGAUGGGGACGCUCCUCAUCAGCAAGAUCCGGGAGGAGUAUCCAGACAGGAUCAUGAACACAUUCAGUGUAAUGCCGUCCCCUAAAGUGUCGGACACGGUGGUUGAGCCAUACAAUGCCACCCUCUCUGUCCACCAGCUGGUGGAGAACACAGAUGAAACCUACUGUAUUGACAAUGAGGCUUUAUAUGAUAUCUGCUUCCGCACACUGAAACUCACAACUCCUACAUAUGGGGACCUCAACCACUUGGUCUCUGCCACCAUGAGCGGGGUGACCACCUGCCUCCGCUUCCCUGGCCAAUUGAAUGCUGACCUUCGCAAGCUGGCAGUCAACAUGGUGCCUUUCCCCCGCCUCCACUUCUUCAUGCCGGGGUUUGCUCCCCUCACGAGCCGUGGUAGCCAGCAGUAUCGUGCCCUCACGGUGCCAGAGCUCACCCAGCAGAUGUUUGAUUCUAAAAACAUGAUGGCGGCCUGUGACCCACGCCACGGGCGCUAUUUGACGGUGGCAGCCAUCUUCCGGGGCAGAAUGUCUAUGAAGGAAGUGGAUGAACAGAUGCUCAAUGUCCAGAACAAGAACAGCAGCUACUUUGUGGAAUGGAUCCCCAAUAAUGUGAAGACGGCCGUGUGUGACAUCCCGCCACGAGGUCUCAAGAUGUCUGCCACGUUCAUUGGCAACAGCACAGCCAUCCAGGAGCUGUUCAAGAGAAUCUCUGAGCAGUUCACAGCCAUGUUCCGGCGUAAGGCCUUCUUGCACUGGUACACCGGUGAGGGCAUGGAUGAGAUGGAGUUCACGGAGGCCGAGAGCAAUAUGAAUGACCUGGUCUCGGAAUACCAGCAAUAUCAAGAUGCCACAGCAGAUGAGCAAGGAGAAUUUGAAGAGGAAGGAGAGGAAGAUGAGGCUUAGGGUUAAGAUGGCUUAGUGCAAUUGGGCAAGUUUUGUGCAAUUGGGCAAGUGUUUUGGGGCACAGUCUAUUCAGCUGUACUGGUGCAUGCUUUUUCAGUUCCACUUGGUGCUUUCACUGUUGCCUCUGUCAGCGGUUUUACUUGUUAUGUAACAGUAGUUGCAAAAGACGUCUGAAAAAGUCUUCUGUCUAAAUGUCUGAUUCAAACAUAAAAGGCAUUUGUGUUUCA